AUGCAGUUACGUCACUUACGUAUUCCAGUGCCAGCGAUAAAGACUUUAAGCGGUUCCAGUCGAUAUCUGCUGGCUAUUCUAGCCACUUUAGACAAUUACAAUGAUGAAAGCUCUGAAACUUUUGACGAAAUCAUUGUGUAUCUCCACGGAUUCCCAGAUAUGAGUGUUGUACACCCAAUCAAGGUGGAAUUUGCUUCUCGAAUGCCUGCCAAACUAGCGGAAUUUUGGCUGAAUCCACGACAGGAGAAGAAAAAAGUGGCACUUUUAGCUUUCAACUUUGGUGGUAUUCCAGGAUCGGAUAAUGAGUUGCGAUUUACGGACAAAACCAUCUCCCAAGAGGUUGAGGAUAUGGUAGCAGUGUGUAGAUACACCCGCUCUCAUCUUGUAGGUGAAAGAGGAAAGCUGCAUGUCGUUGGACUCUCCACUGGAGCCAUCUUGGGUGCUUUACUGCGUGACAAACAGGUAUCCGAUACAAUCACAGUGAUUGCCGGGUUGCUGGACUUGACGAAAGGCGUUCACUUUGAUUUCAACCAGUCGCAACUGGAUCAGAGUUCUUCUCAAGGCUGGUGCUGGAAAGAAUUCUACCUGGAAGAAGGCUGUCCAUUGACAAAAAAUGUCGAGCUCUCUCUUGAUGGUGUUCACCCGACGACUGAGCUAAAUGAUGCAACUGCACCUUCAAAGAUCUACGUGCGCUUAGACGAACGAUACAUCAACGAGUACUACGAUGGUACCUUGGAUAUCCUUCAAGCUGUGUCAAAACCUGGAUUGCCACCACUGCUGGUGAUCCAUGGCGACGCUGACCAUGACGUACCAUUUCAGAAUGGUAAAGAACUCUUUGCAGCUGCAGCCGAGCCAAAAACAUUCCUAGCGAUUCCAAAAGCCAACCACAUGCUUUCAAAUUCCAAGCAUCUGAAGAAGGCAUUGCAUGCAAUCCGAAAACAUGUUGAAGCCGCGGACCUGCAGAACUAG